AAUCAUACUUGCAGUAUUUUAAGUUUAAGUUUAAUGUAAGCUACUGUUUGACACAUUAAAGAAAAUAUGGGAAAAAGGUAUGAAAUGGGUCCCUUUUUAGAAUUAGAUUAAAUCUCAGAACCAAGCUGUACCCUAAAGCUUGUUAGUAAUGACCUCAACCAGUCGAAAUGACUUUUGUUUGGUUUUACUUGAACAAUACAUGGAAGGCAAAUGUUUUGAUUUAUUUAUAGAAAUGAUUAAACUGUUACUAAACUGGUGACUUAGUUAAAUAUCAACUGAAAAGCUGAGUAAAGUCCUCCUGGCAAAGACUUUCUUAUUUGCAAGAAUGUGGCCAAACAAGACUUGAAGAGAACAUUGUGCAGGGGGACUGUGGUGAAGACUUCCUUUGCGAAGAAGAACCACUUCUAUUUGGCCGAGGUGCAGUGUGUGAAGUUUAGACCGUCUCACCACAAACAUUUGCAAAGAUUAGUCUGCAACGCUUCCUUCUAAUGUGAAAUUGCUAGUAAACAAACAUUAUACAUCUUAUUCACAUGUUUGCUUGCUGAUGUGGCGCUAAAAGCCCAAAUAAGUGACUAUAGCCUCGUUAAACUAGAACAUAGAACACAGAACUACAACCUGGGCAAAUGUAGUAUCAAGAUCCCAAGGCUAAGUACACAUUAGACAAAACUGAAACUGGUUAAACAAGUUACACUAACUUACGAACCAAGACAAAGGAUAAAAAAAUAUGGUUUUCCUUACUCUAAAUGCACUGUUACCCAGAUCUUUAACUGCCUGAUUUAUACAGUAUAAAGCAGUGGCAUUCCAGAUAUCACCUGCAGGGAGUGUUUGCAAUACAAAUGUUUACUUUUCACAUCUAAAUCUAUUAGAAAGGCCUGCAGUGAUGUGGAUUUUGCCUCAGCUAACACCUCUCUUUCACAUAUGAACCAGAAAACAGAGGGACUCCAUAUCACUGUCCAUGUAUUGUUCUCUUCUUUAUGGCCAUUUCCUGGUAUUCUAGAAAACUAAAAAACAGGGGGGGGGGAAGCUAUUUUUAGCACCAAAUAUAAAACCUAUCACCCUUCUCAUGGUGUUCAUUUACACAAACGUUGUUCUGCAUGUUUAGUCACUUUUGACUACCACGUCACACACUUGGGCAAGAUCAACUUUUCCAAAUGAAACACAAAGGUUUUGUAACACUUGUUUUUGAUAACAGAAUUGUUAUAAGCUCAUGAGAUGAACUAUUAGAAAAAUAUAUAUGUUAGUAAAUAACAUUUUCCAAUAUAAAAAUAAUGACACAGAUUGACAGUCGAGUUUGGACACUCCCAUUUUCUCCACCUCUUGCAUCAUCCUGCAGUUUGAACUCAUGCUAUAAAUUUCCAGGGCAUGAGAAUGUUUUGGUAGAGGAGGUAGAGAGAGCAACAAAAUUUGGGAAAUACUGAACAGCAUAUGGUGAGCUGCGGAAAGGAAACAGCAGAUGGGAAAAGAAGGACAUAGUGCUUAUCACUCCCCAGAAAAACACAAGGAUUCUACAGCAGCUGCAUGUUUGCCAGGGACAUGAAUAUUUUACAGAGGCUGUUUGUUCUCGGUAACUGCUUCAAUUUUUAUUUGUUUUACAUCAAUAAUCUUAUAGCACUUCAAAGAUUGUGAUUUUCUUAACAGAUAUCUAAGAUAAUACAGAUAGUACAUAAUCUUUAAAUUCAAGAAAGACACCACCAACUUUGAUACAUUACUUUGAACACACCAUAACCCAGCUGACUAACAGCAGCUUUUUACCAGUAGUUGUCAUGCAUGUCUCUUUGGAAUUUACAUCUCCAUGUGGUUGUUUUGCAUUUUGUUGGUGAUUUCAUAUACAUAUCUCUCCUUAUGAUUACUUUUCCCCUCACUCAGUGGUCUGCAAUGGCUUAGCAGGAAGCCAGAUCAUCCCACAUUACUUCCUAGUUGAAAGACCCAUGCCCUGGGUCAAAGCCCGGGAGUUCUGCCAGAGGCACUAUGUGGAUCUUGCUGUCUUGAGCUCAGAAGAGCAAUACUUCACCCUCCUCAAUACAACCCUUGCAAACAAAGUCAGCUUUUGGCUUGGUCUGCGGCGGCAGAGCAUCAUCAGUGGUUGGACGUGGGUCAGUGGAGAAGAGCUGGGGUAUGAACACUGGUACAGGAAGAACUAUGAAGGCUGUUGUGCAAGUUUGGAAGCAAUGCUAGAGAAAGAAAAUAAACUGCUGGCUCGCUACUGUGAUGAGCUACAUAUGACUGUUUGUCAGGGCCCAGUUUCCCCCCCGUCGGUGAAGGUAGGCUUGGUUGGCACAGAUUUUAUGAAUCUAAGCUGGAACGUCUCCGCAGUUAUGCUGAUGACAUCACACAGUUACAAUGUGACAAUUUGCUACUGCGUAUGCGAGACGCUCUUAUACCCCUACACGAGUGGCUCUUCACUCAUGAGCAUCAGCAUCUCCAACCUUACUUCUGCCACAAAGUACUUCAUACAGAUUUCAGCUGUUGUUGUUCGGCUUAACAAUGUGACGGGCAUAAAAACGAUCCUUCAAGACAAUCCUGCAACUUUACUAAUCAAAACAGCUAAAUUUAACUCACAAGUCAACAUUACUUUGAAGAUGCUCAAAAUCAUGCUUCUGGGUCCUCCACUCUGGAUUCUUUAUCGUGUUUUGAAAAAAGAUGACUUCACAGAGGCAGUGGAUGAACGCUCACUCAUGAAGCUCUCAUCUUCGGAUGCAGUAGUUGAUUGGUUCCCGCAGAAAACGAGAGGAUUUGGUUUAAAAAAAGAGGGGGAAAAACAUAUUCUGAAUGCCGUAGACACCUUAAUGCAGUAGUUCUCAAACUGGGGGGUGCGUGGGAAUGUUUCCUGCAAAGGGGGGCAUGGUAGAAAAUGUUUGAGAACCACUUCCUUAAUGGGAAAAAUCCUCAAGACUUAGGUGUAGAACACAGUAAAGAACUAUUUACUCUAUAAGUAACUUUAAUAUGCUAUGUGUAGGGCUGACUCACUAGCUUUGGACCUCAGGGUUCUUUGCAUUCAACACACGCACAUCAGAGAGCAAAAUUAAAAUUCUUUAUCACAUAUUUAGUGUCCGUUACGUUUCUAGUGUAAUUAGCAAUAAGUUGUUAUUGAUAAUCACGUUGUUGUGGUGGGUUUGUUCGUUAAAUAUCGCUUCGGUAUGUGUGGUUGAUUAAUCAUUAUCACCAAAAUUGGCUGCUGUACUCAUGGUGCAUGUUUUUACAAUGGGUUUGUGAUUUUUUAGUUUUCAUAUGGAAUUUCUAGAUGCUCACAAAUUGGCUGUUUUGGAGGCAUCCAUUUUUUCCGAGUUGGUGCAACUGGAAUGCCAGCUACCUGGUAAUGAUGCCACACAUUCUUGGCCGCUCGGAAUUCUGAGACAACGGAGCACCUCAGUCCAAUAGCCAAUCAAAAAUCAGUAAUACACAUGUCAUCAGUCACUGGUCAAAAAUCUCACUUCUAUCCAAUCCAACUUUGUUUAUGGAGCACUUUUAAAACAACAUAGUUGACCAAAGUGCUAUACACAAUUCCAUGUUGACUCCAUCAACAUGAUGAACUUAUGGAAGAUAUCUGCUCUACCUCUACCAAAAUGAAUGAAAAAUACUUUUUUAAGAAUCAGAAUUAGGAAAGUGUACUUUUAACUCAAAACAACCUAUCUAAACAAUAUGUUAUCAUUUUAUAUCGCGUGUGAAAGUCUUGAUAUAUUUAAAAAUCUUGAUAUAUUGCCCAACCCUACUUAAAAACUUUAUUUUUAGUCUCAGUCAUUGGCUUUUGGGGAUUUCAGUUACUGUUUGGUUGGGUUUGUAAAUGACAGAUUAGAGACCGGAACAUGUCACAAAGACUAAAUGAAUUGCAGAUGCUAAAAUGACUUCAGAAGUGAAUGUGAUGGUACAUAUUUUGGUAUUGUGAUGGACUGGCAACCCGAAGGUGUAACAGCUGACACUGACUCCUGACCAUGAAUAAUAUUAAGGUUUGGAAAAUUAAUGAAUGGUUUAAGUUAAGCCAUCAGGGAAAUAAUGUCCAAUAAAACCAUUUAUAUAUAUUGUGCAAAAGAAAGUUACUCAGUUUACCAAUUUCUUAAAUAGUUGGUAACAUUUUAAGUUCAGUAAGCUAAAAUUAGUUUGUACUUAUAUAUAUAUACAUACAGGUGUUUAUAAGACUAUUAAUUUCUCAUGAUCAAUGCAGGUGAAAACGUAGCAUAUACACUGACCCUAAGUAUCCAAAACAAGCAGAAAUCAUUAGCCUCAUAGUAUAAUUGCCUAAGAGUGUAUAUUUAAAAGCCUGUUCAAUAUUACUUUGUACUUUAGAUUUGAGUACAUGUUAAUGUAUAUAUAUAUAUAUAUAAAUGUAUUUUUAUAGUAAAUCUGUAGGUCUUAGAACUGGAAUGUUUCUCCUUUAUGAGCAGACAGCUGAUUAUGAAGCCUUUAUCUCUUUAUGUGAAGACUGAAUCAGCAGUGAGAGGAAAGUGCAAUCAAUUAAUAACCAUGUUGUUGUUUUUGUUUGUGUCAUCUUGAUACUUAACACAGGGAUUUUACUGUUAGUUUUUUUGUUUGUUUUUUCAAAGAAAUGUCCAAAUGUCAUAAAAUGUGAAGUGGUCCAGUGUUUGUUAAAAAACUUCCUGUACUGUUCCUGAUCCAGUUAGACAGAUAAAAAAAAUGACUGUGGCAGCAAACUCAGACAUUAGUGAAGUCAGAAAGACAUAGCUGAUGAGAGUAAUUUUUUUAUUUUAUUAUUAUUUUUUUAUUAUUUAUUUUUAUUUUGUUUAGUUUUUUUUUUUUUGUCUUUACAGUGUUUUAAUACCUACUCUCAAGCCUGCUGGUGCAUACUGACUAUAUAAGCCGUUUUUGUUGCAAAUUUUUAUAAGAUGGGACUGAUUCUUUGCUAAAAUGUCAAAACUAAUCAAGCCUGUGUUAGUAUUAUGCUUAUUUGGAAGUGAACCAAGAUAUUUCUCAUAACUCAAAAUAAGGUUUUCUAGGGUAUCAAACUUUUCAUAGUUCUUAUGUCGUGAGGAAUUAUAAGUUUGGAGGUUCACAGUUUAAAACCAACAAGACAACUAUUUUUAAAAGUAAAGCCUAUUUGCUGAUAGCUUUGCUUUAAAAUUCUGUUCUCUGUUUAACAGAAUUCUUUUUGUGGUCACAAAUAUAAAUGCACUAUAAGAAUGUUCUUUGUUUUGUUUUGUUGCUGCUCGUGUAACCAAAGGUUGCUUAAAUAAAAACAGGUAA